AAGUCAUGUCUUGCUUUAAACAAACUUACUAAAAUCAAUAAGGAGAUUUAAAAAUUACAAUAAUAGUUGACUCUCAAGAAAAACAGCCCUGUGUACUCGAACUGCGCGGCGUGUGGCUGGACGGGAUGCGGCCGGUUGCAGAGAUAACCAGCUCUUGGCUGCGGGGACGGUGGGCUAGGACGACAUUCAGGAGCCGGGCUUGGGCGACUGCCUGGGGGCGGAGGGUGCCGUUGGCAGCUUCAGAAAGGAGAGUGAGAGGCAGAUGUGGGGGUAUUUGUUCUCCGGCACGUUUGUUUCCUCCUUCCUGGCGUGCACCCCACGCUUUUUACUGCGCCCUGUCUGCGAUCAGGACCAGGCCCCCUUCCCCUCGGGAUCCCAGCACCCAUGCGCUUCAGCAGCGCAACUAAUUGCUGUUGGCUCAGGAAAUGUGCGGAAUAUGCAGGAAGGGACGCCGUGCCUUACAGCGACCGGCAGGGACUCGGUCGUCCCCGAGCCCAGCCGCCCUCCCAGCUCCGGCCAGGAUGUUGGAGGCUUCUGUAUCUGAGAUGUGCACAGAAAUCCAGACAGGACCAGUCGGCGCUAUGUGCUGCGUGCUGCCUCCUGACCAGUUUGUGUGACACCGUCGGGGCUGUUCUGGCCAGACAGCUCACAAUCCAGGUUUUCACUGGUGCCUACCUAGCAGCUAUUGACUUAGUGAACUUUAUGUUCAUUCUCUUCCCAGUCUGUGGAUCCAAAUUCAAGUCUAACUCAGAUCAGGAAGCCCGAGAGAGGAAGAGGAGGCGGCAGCUCAGGGCCAGUAUGUUUGCCCUGGCCCUGCCGCUGAGCCUGGGCCCGUGCUGGGCUCUCUGGGUUGCUGUCCCGAAGGCUUCAGCCACCAUCCGGGGGCCGCAGCGGAGGCUGCUGGCGAGCCUGCUGCCGGAAAAUACUGAGAUCCUCGGCUACCUGCUGGGUAGCGUUGCCGCCUUUGGCUCCUGGGCUUCUCGGAUCCCCCCCCUCUCCAGAAUUUGCCGGGGGAAGACAUUUCCCUCCAUCCACCUGUGGACCCGGCUCCUGUCGGCCCUGGCUGGCCUCCUCUAUGCUUCAGCCAUUGUGGCCCACGACCGGCAGCCUGAGUACCUGCUGCGGGCCACACCCUGGUUCCUGACCUCCCUCGGCCGUGCAGCUCUGGACCUCGCUAUUAUUUUCCUUUCGUGUGUGAUGAAGAGCAAGAUGAGACAGGCCUUAGGAUUUGCCAAGGAAGCCAGAGAGAGCCCUGACACCCAAGCCCUUUUGACGUGUGCAGAGAAAGAGGAAGAAAACCAGGAGGCGAGGAACGAGGACAAGAAAAUGCCUCCUGACUUUGAGAAUUCCCCUUUCUGUCUCCCUGCCUCUACUUGCAAGAAUUCGGAUUGGGUGCCUCUCACCACACUGUCACACUGCAAGUCACUGAGGACAAUGACAGCAAUCAGUCGCUACAUGGAGCUGACCAUCGAGCCUGUGCAGCAGGCAGGCUGCAGUGCCACCAGGCUGCCAGGUGACGGACAGACGAGCGCUGGAGAUGCGUCCCUGCAGGAGCCCCCGUCGUACCCUCCUGUUCAGGUCAUCCGUGUCCGAGUGUCUUCCGGCAGCUCCUCUGAGGUCUCCUCCAUCAACUCCGACCUGGAGCAGAAGUAUUGGGAGGCCCUAAACUCGGAGCAGUGGGACCCUGAAGAUGUGAACCUUGAAGGCAGCAAAGAAAAUGUGGAGCUACUGGGAUCCCAGGUGCACCGGGACCCUGUGAGGACAGCACACCUGCGUGAUGAUGAUUAACACCUGGAGCCAGCUCAUCAGCUCAGAGCCAAGGGUCAGGAGUUUUUUCAGUAACGCAGCAGGGAUCAAUCUGCACUGACACCGUGGCAGGAACUGAAGCUGCCCUGGAAAGUGAGGAACCAGGAGCCGUCACUAAGUGUGGCUGGUCUACAUCAUAGCUCAUCAUGGAGCUACGACUUUGGGAACCACGGACAGACCUGGAUAGGCCCAGCAUUUGUUCUGAAGAUUACAAGUUCACAGACAGCUCUUGCUUUGUAAAGAUAAUCCAAAGGACAUUAGACCCGCUUUUCCUUUUCCCUUUAUUCCCUUGAGAGUCAGCCAUAAACUGAAUAGCUGCUAGGUUCCAGGAAUGAGUUCACCUAACAAAUAGCAAAUGUGUCUGGUUAGAUCUCAGCAGAGCCCACUCUGCAAGACCUGGCUGAGCCAGAUGAGAGGGUGGGACCUGUGCUGGGGGACCUUGGGUCACACACAGGAACCAAGACCUGGCUUCCGCCCCCCAGUCACCCACUUGAGUUAUCUGCUGGAAGUUAUAGACAGGACUGCGUGGCCAACCAAGUGUUUGUGAGAUCACUGACACUGCAAAAACAAAGCAAACUGCUCCAGGUACCAGGACUUCCUCUAACCUGGCAAGGUGUGUGCUGAGGCGGGGUUUGCAGGUGAGGGGGCCUGUAUGCUUCAGGAACUAACUAAAUGCUUGCAGAGGAUAAGAGGCAUGAUGGGAGGUGUUCAAGCACAGCAAUCCCAUUUGGGGGUUAUUUUGAUACCGCGAUGAGUAAGGGGAAGAGCGCACGGAAUGGGGCUAAGGUGGGAGCAAACACUGGGGUGAAUAAAUUUUAAAUCAAUUCAA